GCCGCUCCCGCGCCGUGGCUGCGGCCCGCGCCCACCCCGCGCCCCCCGCCCCGCCGCCGGGGCUCCGCGCGGCGGCGCGCCCGUGACGGCUCCGGGGCGGCGGGGCCGGCGGGGCCCCGGGGCCGGUGCGCGGUGGCGAUGGAGGAGGCCCAGCAGCCGCGGGUCUCUCGGCCCCACAAGAUCAGCCAGUCCUCCAAGGUGUACCGCUGGGCCGAGCACGCGGGCACGGUGCUGCAGCGGCUCAACGAGCAGCGCCUGCGCGGCCUCUUCUGCGACGUGGUGCUGGUGGCCGGGGAGCGGCGGGUGCCGGCCCACCGCAGCCUGCUGGCCGUGUGCAGCGACUACUUCAACUCCAUGUUCACGCUCGGCAUGCGCGAGGCCUUCCAGCGGGAGGUGGAGCUGGUGGGCGCCUCGCCGCUGGGGCUGGCGGCCGUGGUGGACUUCCUGUACGGCGGGGAGCUGGCCCUGGACGGCGGCAACAUCGACCACGUGCUGGAGACGGCGCACCUGCUGCAGGUGUGGCCGGCCGUGGACUUCUGCUGCGAGUUCCUGGAGCAGGAGGUCAGCGAGGACAACUACCUGUACCUGCAGCAGCUGGCCGCCACCUACAGCCUCAAGCGGCUGGACGCCUUCAUCGACGGCUUCGUGCUGCGCCGCUUCGGCACGCUGUCCUUCACGCCCGAGUUCCUGCAGAGCGUGCCGCUGCAGAAGCUGUGCGCCUACCUGGGCAGCAGCGAGGUGCAGCGCGAGUGCGAGCACGACCUGCUGCAGGCGGCGCUGCAGUGGCUGACGCAGCGGCCGGGCCGCGAGGCGCACGCCCGCCGCGUGCUGGAGAACAUCCACUUCCCGCUCAUCCCCGAGAGCGACCUGCUGCAGCGCGUGGGGCCGGCGGUGAGCGCGCUGCUGCCGCGCGAGGCGGGCUGCCAGGGCUUCAUCGAGGAGGCCGUGCGCUACCACCACAGCCUGGCGGCGCAGCCCGUGCUGCAGACGCGCCGCUCGGCGCUGCGCACCACCCAGGAGCGCCUGCUCUUCGUGGGCGGCGAGGUCUCGGGCCGCUGCCUGGAGCUCAGCGACGACACCUGCUACCUGGACGCGCAGAGCCAGCGCUGGGUGCCCGAGACGCCCAUGCCCGCCCGGCGCAGCCACCACUGCGUGGCCGUGCUCGGGGGCUUCAUCUUCAUCGCGGGGGGCAGCUUCUCGCGGGACAACGGCGGGGACGCGGCCUCCAACCUGCUCUAUAGGUAUGACCCCCGCUGUAAACAGUGGAUCAAGGUGGCCUCCAUGAACCAGCGCCGCGUGGACUUCUACCUGGCUUCCAUCGGGGACAUGCUGGUGGCCGUGGGCGGCCGGAACGAGAACGGGGCACUGUCUUCCGUGGAGACGUACAGCCCCAGGACCGACUCCUGGUCCUACGUGGCCAGCUUGCCCAGGUUCACCUACGGCCACGCGGGCACCAUCUACAAGGACUCCGUGUACAUCUCGGGGGGCCACGACUACCAGAUCGGGCCGUACCGCAAGGACCUGCUGAGCUACGACGUGCGGGCGGCCGUGUGGGAGGAGCGGCGGCCCAUGGGCACGGCGCGCGGCUGGCACAGCAUGUGCACGCUGGGCGAGCGCAUCUACAGCAUCGGCGGCAGCGACGACCGCGUGGAGUCCCUGGAGCGCUUCGACGUGCUGGGCGUGGAGGCCUACAGCCCGCUGUGCGACCAGUGGAGCCGCGUGGCGCCCCUGCUGCAGGCCAACAGCGAGGCGGGCGUGGCCGUGUGGCAGGGCCGCAUCUACGUGCUGGGCGGCUACUCCUGGGAGCGCACGACCUUCUCGCGCGCCGUGCAGGUGUACGACCAGCAGGCCGACAGCUGGAGCCGCGCCCCCGACCUGCCCAAGGCCAUCGCCGGCGUCUCCGCCUGCGUGUGCCCCCUGCGGCCGCCGCUGGAGGACCGGAAGAAGAAGGGCAAGCGGCCGCAGGAGCGGGGCCAGUGACCGC